UACAUACACACAUCUCUAUCAUUUCCCCCCAAUAUUUGUUCCACCGCACCACCCUUUUAAGAAAGAGCCUCCCCCAUGGCAGUCCACCUUCAAGUUCAACAACAACAACAACACCUGAAUCUGCCAGCGGGGUUCAGGUUUCACCCAACGGACAUGGAAAUCAUCACCUUCUACCUAGUCCGCAAGGUUCUGAAGAAACCCUUCGAUGUUACAGUAAUCGAGGAGGUGGAUCUAAACAAAUGCGAGCCGUGGGAUCUCCGAAAUAAUGUAAAUAUGGGGGAGAAGGACCAAUACUUCUUCUCCAAGAAGGACCUCAAGUACCCCACCGGGGUACGCACCAACCGGGCCACGAACGCUGGAUAUUGGAAGGCCACUGGAAAGGACAAGGAGAUUGUCCACCCGCCGACCAUGAGUCUCAUCGGCAUGAAGAAGACUCUGGUCUUCUAUAAGGGCAGAGCCCCCAGGGGGGAGAAGACAAACUGGAUCAUGCAUGAGUACAGACUCGAGAUGGGAAAGCAACACACACCAGACCUACCCACCGACAUCGUGAGAGCCGCCUCCAUUAAUGCGUCUUCCAAGGAGGAGUAUGUCAUUUGUAGAAUCUUCCAUAAGAGCACUGGACUGAGGAAGGUGGUGAUGCCUUCAUAUUCCAUGCCCAUUCCCAAUUCCAUGGGGGUAGAGCAACAACAGGGCUUCCUCGAAUCUAAUACACUGGCUCCUCUCAUGGACUAUGAUGUGCCAUCGUCAUUAGCCCCACUAUCGCCGUUGCCUGCAGCUUCGUUGUACCAAAUGCAUAACUUCGGGGCCGAGUCGUCUAUAAUGGGUAGUGCGGUGCUUCCAAUGAUGAACAACCAAUACUUUGAGAAUCAUCACCACCAGAUGAUGGUCGCCCCGCCACAGUCAUCAAUGUCAGUCUACAACAACCAGCAGCAGCAGAUGAUGCAUAUGAGUGCAGAGCAGGGCUUCAUGGUCGGGGUUGAUCCUGGGAGCGGUACAUCAUCUAUAGUGUCAGAUGAGGAUGUUCUAACUGGGACGAGCAACAACAUUCAAGGAAAUGGUGUUGCAACAAUCUCUAGUGAGAUCUCGUCGGUCAACAUGGGUAUGGACGGCAUGUGGAACUACUAAUGAUCAAAUGAUCCGCGAGAAUAUAUAAAUGUGUUCAUGCCUAAAAUAAUCAUCCACCAAAAGAUUAGUUGAUAUAUGCCAACAUCUAUAUUGGUUUGUACUACAUUUUAUUUUCAUCAUGGUCACAAGAGAGUUUGUACCGGAUUGUAUGUGCACCAUCAACUGGUGUAUACCUAGCUACAUUUCCAUCCGUUGUUAAAUACUUGACAAUGUGUCAUGCAUGUUUUAAACCUAUGUGGAAUAAACUAUUUUGUUUAAUUA